AUCUCAAGCUAGCCUAUCAGCUUGUCGGUGGAGCACUACGUCAACAAACACCGACGGAAGUAGGUCGCUCACAUGCUGAUGCUGUAAUAACAGAAAGCUCCAGAAAUGGCGACCUGCGCCAAGAUGAUCCUCGCUGCUAGACACCUGCACAGAAAACUAAACUGGUCUGGGGGGUUCAGGACCAGCAGCAGCCGCCCCGGCUCAUCAGCCCGGAGCUGGCUCCACUCUCCCCGGUCCUUCUCGAACAUUCCGGUCAGCACAGCAAUGACAGAGGGCUGCAGACUGGCCAUCACUCGUCACCGGUGGAUGCGGGUCGGGGUCUUUCUCCGUGGACAAACCGAUUUCCUCACGCCGGCCUCGCGACCCUCUAUGAUUCAGCACCGGAUGUUCGGGAACCGGGUGGGCAACGCGGGCUUCUCCGGGCAGGACGGCGGGGACAGUGCAGGCUCCGGGGGAGAAGAGUCUGGGGGAGAUGGGGGAGUGCCCUAUGGCCCCCAGAUGACCGCCCUCACCCCCAUGAUGGUCCCGGAGGUGUUUCCCAAUGUGCCGCUGAUCGCUGUGAGCAGGAACCCGGUGUUCCCCCGCUUCAUCAAGAUCAUAGAGGUGAAGAACAAGGCGCUGAUGGAGCUGUUGAGGAGGAAGGUUCGUCUGGCUCAGCCAUAUGCUGGAGUCUUCCUGAAGAGAGAUGAUCAUGAUGAAUCAGAUGUGGUGGAGUCUCUAGAUGCCAUCUAUUCUACAGGGACCUUUGUUCAGAUUCAUGAGAUGCAGGACCUGGGAGACAAGCUGAGGAUGAUCGUCAUGGGACACCGCAGGAUCCAUAUCACAAGACAGCUGGAGAUGGAGCCGGAAGAGGCAGCUACGUCCCCUGUGUGCUCAGAGUCUGAGUCAGAAUCCCAACCCAAACUUCCAUCGAGACGCAAAGCCAAACGCAGCCGCAAGGACCAACAAGGUUCUCUUACGGAGAAGCUUGAGGACAAGAUUUCAGAAGCAGAGCUGAGUCCAGAGCUUCAGCCUCUACCCUCCUCCAACAUCCUGAUGGUAGAAGUGGACAACAUUCAGCAUGAACAGUUCACAGUCACAGAGGAGGUCAAGGCGCUGACAGCCGAGAUAGUGAAGACCAUCAGGGACAUCAUUGCAUUGAACCCCCUCUACAGAGAGUCGGUCCUCCAGAUGAUGCAGGCCGGUCAGAGAGUGGUUGAUAAUCCCAUCUACCUCAGCGACAUGGGAGCAGCGCUGACGGGAGCAGAGUCCCAGGAGCUCCAAGACGUCCUGGAAGAGGUCAAUAUCCCGAAGCGUCUCUACAAGGCUCUGUCUCUGCUGAAGAAGGAGUAUGAGCUGAGUAAACUGCAGCAGCGACUGGGCCGAGAGGUGGAGGAGAAGAUCAAACAGACCCACAGGAAGUACCUGCUCCAGGAGCAGCUCAAGAUCAUUAAGAAGGAACUCGGUCUGGAAAAAGAGGACAAAGACGCUAUCGAGGAGAAGUUUAGAGAGAGACUCAAUGAGAGGACUGUCCCACAACACAUAAUGGACGUCAUCAAUGAAGAACUCAACAAACUGGGACUUUUGGACAACCACUCCUCAGAGUUCAAUGUAACCCGUAACUACCUUGACUGGCUGACCAGCAUGCCCUGGGGUACCAACAGUGAAGAGAACGUAUCAUUGGAAAGAGCCAAAGAGGUUCUUGAAGAAGAUCAUUAUGGAAUGGAUGAUGUAAAGAAGCGCAUAUUGGAAUUUAUUGCAGUCAGCCAGCUGCGUGGGUCCACCCAGGGGAAGAUCCUAUGUUUCUAUGGCCCCCCAGGUGUAGGAAAGACCUCCAUUGCCCGCUCCAUAGCUAGAGCCCUCAACAGACAGUACUACAGGUUCAGCGUGGGAGGCAUGACUGAUGUGGCUGAGAUCAAAGGACACAGGAGAACGUAUGUUGGAGCAAUGCCAGGGAAGAUUAUCCAGUGCCUGAAGAAAACCAAGACAGAGAACCCUCUGGUGCUGAUAGAUGAGGUGGAUAAGAUGGGUCGUGGUUAUCAGGGAGAUCCAUCCUCCGCACUACUGGAGCUUCUGGACCCUGAACAAAACGCCAACUUCCUGGACCACUACCUGGAUGUUCCUGUAGACCUGUCAAAGAUUUUGUUUAUCUGCACGGCCAAUGUGAUUGACACCAUCCCCGAGCCUCUCAGAGACCGGAUGGAGAUGAUCAAUGUGUCUGGAUAUGUUGCCCAGGAGAAACUGGCUAUUGCUGAGCAUUACCUGGUCCCUCAGCUCCGCUCUCACUGUGGUCUGACGGAGGAGAAAGCCUCCAUCUCCUCUGACGCGCUUAGUCUGCUCAUCAGACAGUACUGCAGGGAAUCGGGAGUCAGAAACCUGCAGAAACAAAUUGAAAAGGUUUUCCGUAAAGUGGCGUUCUGUAUCGUCAGCGGUGAACAAACCACAGUCACCGUUACCCCCGACAACCUGCAGGUCUAUGUGGGUAGACCUAUCUUCACAGUGGAUCGAAUGUACGAUGUCACCCCACCAGGAGUGGUUAUGGGGCUGGCAUGGACUGCUCUUGGAGGCUCAACGUUGUUUAUCGAGACUUCUCUACGCCGCCCUUCUGGAGGAGUCAACUCUAAAGGAGAGGGGUCACUGGAGGUUACAGGUCAGCUGGGUGAUGUAAUGAAGGAAAGUGCAAAGAUUGCUUCAACCUUUGCCAGAGUCUUCCUGAUGACCCAGGAACCAGACAACCCCUUCCUGGUCAACUCCCACCUGCACCUGCAUGUCCCUGAGGGGGCGACUCCCAAGGAUGGACCCAGCGCUGGCUGCACCAUUGUCACAGCACUGUUGUCCCUGGCAACCGACCGGCCGGUGCGUCAGAACGUAGCCAUGACUGGUGAAGUGUCACUGACCGGCAAAAUACUGCCAGUCGGUGGAAUUAAAGAGAAAACUAUCGCUGCCCGCCGUGCUGGUGUAACUUGCAUCAUCAUGCCAGAUGAGAAUAGGAAGGACUUCUCUGACCUGCCCAACUACAUCAGCCAGGGCCUAGAGGUUCACUUUGUGGACCACUACAGCCAAAUCUACCCCAUCGCCUUCCCACAGGACCAGUCUUAACCGGCUUUACAGCACUAGAAUCAAGGCAAGAUGGACUAAGACAUUUCUUCUGGUUUGUUACCGGACAAGACGGAUAAGAUUGGCAUCUGGUUGUAAUUUUCGUAGAUGUGCAGUUUGGCAGGACGUGAUCUCUUCCAGAGGAACAGCUGACUUCAUGUGAGAGGAAACAACAUCACUGAACUAAAACAUGCAGCCAGCUGUGCCACAGAGGGACGACCACAGUGAAGUCAUGGUGAUGAUGAACACUGGUCGGUUAUCACAGGAUAUGAUGUCAUCAAUAACUGAGGUUGAGGGGACAAUCUUGCUGCCAGGCAGCCUCUUUACCCACAGCUCUCAUUACAUAGGGCUUGGAGGGACUCUUUCACAGAUUUCUUAUAUUAUUUUUUAUUAAUCUUGGCCAGAUGUGAAGAUGAUGUUGAAAAAAAUUAAAUCAUAAAAGCAACUUUGUCUUUACUAAUCGA